AUGACAGCUUACCUCUGCCUUGCAGUCAUUUAUUUCAUCUCGACUCUCGACAUCAACUCUGUCGCUACGGCAUUACCAGCCAUCUCUCGGUCACUAAACGCGGGAAGCAGCAUCACCUGGGCUGGUACCGCCUAUUUGAUGGGCCAAACAUGCUUCCAAGCUCUGUACGGCCGACUCUCUGAUAUCUUUGGCCGCAAACCAGUCUUGCUAGCAUCGAUAGCCUGCCUGAUUAUAGGCGACAUCUUGUGCGGCUUUGCCCAAAACAUCACUUGGUUGUACGUAUGUCGUUCGCUCAGCGGUGUAGGAGGCGGCGGCAUCAGUUCGCUUGUCCAGAUCACCGUCAGUGAUCUGGUCAGCCUCAGGGAACGCGGGAAGUACCAGGGCAUGCUGAGCGGCGCAAUCGGACUUGGUGCCGGCGCUGGCCCCUUCCUGGCAGCCGCCUUCAUAAACGGGGACAAGGCCAACGGCGAAAGUUGGCGAUGGAUCUUCUGGGUACCGCCAAUUCUCGCUGCAGCUUGCCUCUUCAUCAUGUUAGUGGCCCUCCCGCUCAAGCCAGUCACAGGCAGCUGGCGCGAAAAGCUGGCCAAGAUCGACUGGCUCGGUCUUUUUGCUGCCGUGACUGCUGUAGUCCUUGUCUUAGUUCCGAUCAACUCUGGGGGUAGCAUCUUUCCCUGGAACAGCGCUCUGGUAAUCUCGAUGCUUUCAAUAGGCGGCUUUGCCUUUGUCGUCUUAGCUGUCAUUGAGCAGCGAUUUGCCCGGAUUCCUAUCGUUCCGCUGCGGCUCUUUACCCAGACACCCACAGCUGUAAUCAUGCUACAGAGUGCCCUCUACAACUCCGUGUGGCAGGUCGACAUAUACUUUCUACCUAUCUACUUUCAACAGGUCCGCGGCUAUUCCGCCCUGCAGAGCGCAGCUCUCGUGCUUCCUCUACUACUGCUCCAGAGUCUUGCUGGGAUAGCUUCCGGUCCAAUCAUGCGCAAGCAGGCGAGAUAUGGGCCCGUUUUGUACAUGGGAAUGGCACUAUGGACCCUGGGCGCGGGCCUCAAGAUCAUUUUCUCACUGAAUACCUCUGUGGCUGUUUAUGCAGUGGUGCUCGCCAUCGAAGGCAUAGGUAUCGGCUUCGUCCUACAACCGGCGCUCGUCGCCUUGCAAGCGCUGUCCAGGAAAGAAGACCGCGCUGUAGCAACCUCCGUGCGGAACCUGAUGCGCAUGCUUGGAUCCGUCUUUGGCAUGGCAUCGUCGACAGCCAUCAAAUACGCCGUCACCCAAGCAGCACUUCCGGCGGGAAUGCCAUUGACUGUUCAAUCGAAAGUCUUGAGUGGGACAUGGGAACGGGGGGACCCCGCUGACUUGGAAUGGGAGAACGAGAUCCUGGAUGCCGAGAUGCGCGGCAUUCGCGCAGUCUUCAUCAUGCUCGCACCUCUAGUGGCAAUAUGUCUCUUGGGGUGUUAUUUCGUACCUGACACUGUCCUGAAUGGAGACGAGAAGAAAGAUGAUCCAACAGAAAACCAUCAGACGGAGGGAGUAAUACAGGAUACCCACGCCAAGGUCUAG